UACUUUUUGUAAAACAAAUCUUUAUUUAUAUCAUGGGAGAAAAUUCAGAUUUUUCGCAUAAAAUCUAUAAAAAUGAUCCUCUGUUAUUUAAAAGUUACAUUGGUAUGGAAGUGAACAUUUUGACGGAAGAUGGUACCACAAUUUCGGGUAUCGUGUAUACAGUUGAUCCAGUUUCGGAGAGCGUUGUAUUACUACAGGGCAACCAACAAAAUCGUUUAAAUAUUGUAUUUGGUCAUGCGAUAAAAAAUGUAGAAAUCUGUUCGGAUAAACCAGUUAAGUUACCAGAAUUAUUUACAAACACCCCAACGAAUAUUCUUCAAUCGACCAUAGAAGAGCGAAAAAAUGCUGUAAUAAAAAUGUUGAAAGAAAAUAGAUUCUCCGUAAAACAAGAGAACGACAUUUUAACGAUCGAAAAUGUACUUUUAAUAAAACCACCCUACGAACCUGCUAACUGCAUUUGUGCUAAUAGCAUUAUUUUAGGAAGAAUUCAAGACCUUCUUUCUCGUGUAGGAAAUUGA